UUUUCACCCACAAUGAAAUCCGACUUUAAAUUUUCCAACUUGUUGGGGACCGUGUACCGCCAAGGUAACCUUGUGUUCACGCAGGACGGAACGGUGUUGCUCUCGCCCGUAGGAAACAGGGUGUCCGUCUUCGACUUGACCAACAACAAGUCCUUCACCUUCCCAUACGAGCACCGCAAAAACAUUCUGCGCAUUGCGUUGAACAAACAGGGCUCAUUGUUGUUGUCUGUGGACGAAGACGGAAGGGCUAUUUUGGUCAAUUUCCGCGCCAGAACCGUGUUACACCACUUCAACUUUAAGGAUGCCGUAUUGGACUUACAGUUCUCGCCGGACGGCACCCACUUUGCCGUCGCGUGCAGCCGCUUUAUCCAGGUCUGGAAGACGCCGGACUUGACGGAGGACCGUCAAUUUGCGCCGUUUGUGCGUCACCGUGUCUACGCAGGUCACUACAGCGACGUGACGUCCGUGACCUGGUCCCAGGAUUCGCGCUUCUUCAUCUCCACCUCCAAGGACAUGACCUCGCGCCUCUUCUCGUUGCACUCCGAGGAGAAGUCUGUGGCAAUGACCUUGGCUGGACACCGUGACUACGUCAUCAAGGCAUUCUUCAACGAGGCCCAGGACACUAUCUACACGCUCAGCAAGGACGGGGCGUUGUUCAGAUGGGAGUACACCGAAAAGCCGACCGAUGAAAGUGAGGAUGAGAGCGAGGAGGAAGACGAGUCCAGGAUGAGCUGGAGGAUCGUGGCAAAGAACUUUUUCUUCUCCGAGGCAAAGGUCAAGACCGCCACGUUCCACGCCAAGACCAACAUGUUGAUUGUUGGUUUCACCAACGGUGAGUUCCGCCUCUACGAGCUCCCGACCUUUACAUUAAUCCAGCAGUUGAGUAUGGGCCAGAAUGAGGUCAACACCAUCAGCAUCAACGCCACGGGAGAGUGGAUCGCAUUCGGGUCGAGCAAGGUUGGCCAAUUGUUGGUUUACGAAUGGCAAUCCGAGUCGUACAUUCUCAAGCAACAGGGCCACUUCGACUCGAUGAAUGCGUUGGCAUAUUCGCCAGACGGCUCGAGGAUCGUCACGGCCUCUGACGAUGGGAAGAUCAAAAUCUGGGACGUAGUCUCUGGCUUCUGCCUCAACACCUUCUCCGAGCACACGUCUGCGGUGACGGCGGUUCUGUUUGCUAAGAAGGGUCUGGUGAUGUUCUCUGCCUCCUUAGAUGGGACUAUCAGAGCCUACGACUUGGUUAGGUACCGUAACUUCAGAACCUUCACCGCCACCGAGCGUGUCAAGUUCAACUCUUUGGCGGUCGACCCGAGUGGGGAGGUUGUCUGUGCUGGUUCUGAGGACACCUUCGAGAUUUACGUCUGGUCUGUACAGACGGCACAGUUGCUCGACACGUUAUCCGGGCAUGAGGCGCCAAUCUCGUGCCUCGCUUUCGGCAGUGAAAACUCCGUGUUGGCAAGUGCCUCGUGGGAUAAGACGAUCCGUGUGUGGAGCAUUUUCGGUAGAUCGCAGCACGUGGAGCCGUUCAACAUAUACUCAGACGUUUUGGCGAUUGCAAUGAGACCGGACUCGAAGGAGGUUGCUGUGUCUACCUUGAGCGGCCAGCUCCAGUUCUGGGACAUUGAAAACGCCAAGCAGGUCAAUGCCAUCGACUGCCGCAGAGACAUCUUGCGUGGGCGGUACCAGGAGGAUGGCUUUACGGCCAAGAACUCCAGCAGAGGUAAGAACUUUAACACCAUCUGCUACAGCUUUGACGGGUUGUCCUUGGUGGCGGCCGGUAUCAAUAAUUCUAUCUGCCUUUACGAUAUCCGCAACGAGGUGAUGUUGAAGCGUUUCACCGUGUCGCAAAACAUGCAGUUGAGCGGGACCUUGGAGUUGCUCAACUCCAAAAACAUGACUGAAGGUGGCCCGUUGGACUUGAUAGACCGCGACGGUGAGCACUCAGACUUGGAAGACCGUAUUGACACAACCUUGCCGGGCUCCCACCGCGGUGACCCGUCGGCCAGAAAGACCCGUCCAGAAGUCAGAGUCAUGGCGAUCCAGUUCUCUCCUACUGCCGCCUCAUUUGCUGCCGCCUCUACCGAGGGGUUGUUGAUCUACUCGGUUGAUAGCAGCGUGGUGUUUGAUCCGUUCGACUUGGACGUCGACGUCACGCCAAUGGCCACCCUCGAGUGCCUCAAGGGCAAGGAGUACCUCAACGCACUCGUCAUGGCCUUCAGAUUGAACGAGCAGUACUUGAUACACCAGGUAUACGAGAGUAUUCCGAUUAUAGACAUUGCCUUGGUCGCUCUGGACCUCCCAGUCGUGUACGUUGACCGCUGCUUGAGAUUCGUCGCCCUGUUGGCAAUGGACUCGCCGCACAUCGAGUUCAACUUGUUGUGGAUCAAAUCGUUGGUUACUGCACAUGGUAAGUACAUUAACAGGAACAAGGCCGAGUUUGCCGGUGCCUUGAGAUCCAUCCAGAGAUUCAUCGCCAGGAUCGCCAAGGAUGUUGUUACGGUUUCCAAGCGCAACGGCUACUUGUACUACUUUCUCAAGUCGUCUUAUGACAUCGAGGCUGAUGCCAGCGACAGCAACAUGCUUGAGGAUGUGGAAAGUGACGAGGAGAUCGAAGAAGAAAGUAGCGACGAAGAAGGCUGGUUCGGGCCGGAAGGUAAGCAGCCAAGGUCAUCGUUCGCUGCCGACUCCGACUCGGAAUAAUGUAUCUGCCAAGUGCCUGUAUAAUAAAAUAAGCAUAAGAAACACAAGGUAGG